AUGGAUCGCGAUGACAUGUUCCAGCAUCACGAUGCCUUGAUGGAUGAAUCGCAUACAUCGCACACCACAGGUACUCAUGGGCAGCCGUCUCCGCAGCAACCCAGCAGCACAUCGUUCUCACCCACGCCACCACCCGGUGUGGCCGAAAUGGCAACCGCAGCGGCCAACGCUGCAGCAGCAGCAGGAGCAUCGGCGGGGAUGGUAGUGGCAGGACCGGCCGCUGCUGCAGGGGGGGUCAUGGGAGCAAUUGGGGCUGCGGGAGUUGCAACGCAAGUGGGGGUGGCCAUGAGUGUGGCAGCAGUCACGGCAACGGUUGGAGUUGUGGCGGCCUCCUCUUCUUUCAACUCCACUGCUUCCACUGGUACAGCAACACAAGAAGCGACAGUGUCGCGCCUGAGUUCUUUUGUCCCACCCAAGUGCUCGGAGGAGUCCGAUAACAAGGUUGGCUAUGUCGAACUGGACAUCCAGGCUAUACCACCUGAUGCCAUUGGACCAAGGAAAUGGGUCAUGGAAGAAAUGUUCAGGGAUGUCUACAAUGAAAUCAUUGGCAUGUGUCUGGAUCCAAUGGCAAGAGUCAUGCUCCAAGCAACACUCGUGGGAUGGGAAACGCAGUGGGGUGUUGCUGCAAAUGGGACAUCCACCUUUGGCAAUACCACAGUUCUGGAUCCAACAGCACAAAACUUGACUCAAGAAGAGUAUGACCUGGCUGUGGCUCAGAGUGUCACAACCACCUACUGGGAAGCAACGGUGGAUUGCUUGGGGUGUCCUGAUCAUGAGCCCCUCUUCGAUGCCAGGCAAGAUGGCCUUGGGAGUGAAAGAAGACGGAACCUGAGACAGUAUGAACUGGAGGACUUUUUUGUUCUGUUUGCUGCCUCUGUGGGUUUCAACUUGGUGCCCUUGCUUCAGGGAAAUGUGACCAUCACCGCCUCCAGCAGCAACUGUCAAUCAUCCUCCUUGCGCAAUGCAAGAGUGACGCGAGGAACUACCAGGGCUGCCCAGCCCAGAACUAGCCCUUUGGGAGAUAGUGUAUUGGGAAUCUCUGCUCAAAACCAAGGUGGAUCUGGUUCGCCACUCGAAGACGCUGGGGAUUUUGGUGGCGUAUCAGUUGUAAUUGACUCACAGACCACACCGCCUAUGGCGAGCCCAAGUACAACAUCUCAGAUGACAUCCAUUACCCAACCAUCAAGCUCUAUGAUCACAAAUCCCACUGAUGAUGGCAUUGUUUUCACACCAUCAUCCAUUGUUGUUCUUUCUGUGUCGUUGGAUAGUCCAGUACAAGCCCCAUUUCCUCUCAAUCCAACUGCACAUGGUGCACAGCCAAAUACCCCAACAAUAGCAACUCCCAGUCUGGGGCGACCGACUGCAUUGAUUGUUGGAAAUCCCGCUGCCUUGUCACAACCCUCCAAAAAUUCUGACCAAUCGCCUGCUAUGCCACCCUCGGUGAUCGGUUUUGGAAAAGCCCAUGCUUCGAUUACAUCUGAAGCACCUGCCCUACAACAUGCCGCCUCCGGACUUCUGGGUCCUCCCAAUCCAUUAGCUAGCACCCCUCAGGUGUCAGCUCCGGCUACAGGCCAACCCAUUAUCACUACUGUGCUUUCCUCAGCUUUGCCUUCUCCUACUACACCAAGUGUUGCUGUGAUUGGUGCACCAUCCAAAAAGGCACCAACGGUAGCCUACUCAACUCUGCAAGCAGGAGCCCCCACACGCCACCCUUCCAGCAGAGCAGUCUAUUUGUCCGCUGCUUCAAAGGAAGCAUAUCCAACUUCCCCUCCUACCUCCACCAUAGCACCAACUCCUGCUAGGACUAGCCAACCAACAACACUUGCAAUGACUCCAAGCCACUCCCUUGCUCCAGAAGAGCCAACCAUCCAGACAGACGUGCAAUUGGCUAACAAACAAGCUUCUCAGCCAACUCCUCUUGCAAUGGUUCCGACCAUCCAGCCAACACCAGAGCCAAGCCAAGAACCAACUGAACGCCCGACUAGACAGCCUACAAUAAGCCCAACUGAUGACCCUACCAAUAGUCCCACCCCAGAACCUAUUACUGAUCCAACCGAUGACCCUACCAGCAGUCCAACAACAGCGCCAACAACAGCACCAACAACUUCACCAACCGUUUCUCCAACAAAUGACCCAACACCGGAACCCACAUUUGCGCCUACAGUCAGUGAAACCCUAGAGCCAACUGCCAAUCCAACUCCAACGCCAGUAUCCACUUCUGACCCUACCGACAAUCCAACAAGUGCCACUGGCGUGCAGACAGGCAACCCCAGUCUACUACCUUCUGUGUCUCCCUCACUCUCGCCUUCCUUGGAGCCUUCAGAUUCCCCGUCAAGUGCCCCCACUUUGUGUUCCUCAGGGGUACUUGUUGAUACAAGAUCAUUAUACUAUGUCUUCUUUGACAGUGAUAUUGCUGCGCUGACCAAUGACACUGUAAUUUCUGCAUUUGUGAAUGGCUAUGCCAAUAUACCACACCCAUGUUCAGUGAUUAUCAACAGCAUCACAGUUGAAGGCAGAUCUCAGCAAAGAAGGCUACAAGAAUCCCAAACAGUUCUAUUUGAUAUCAACAGCACCCAGGCUUCUGGCAGGACCUUCUUGGACAUCACAACAGAUGCCACAGCAUUCCUUCAAGGCUUCAAUGCUGCCUACAGUGGAGCCACUGCUUUUAGAAUAGACACUGUCACAUCAUCUCCUUCAGGCAGCCCCAGCAUCAUUCCAAGUGAGUCAUUUUCUCCAAGCAUCAGCCCCACUACUGGAGCACCCACUGCAAGUGUGGCUCCGUCAAUUAUUCCCAGCAUUCAUCCUAGUGUGGGUCCCAGUGUAUCAUCAAGUCCAAGCACUAGCCCAACUGCAAUUCCUUCUACAGCUCCGAGUACAACAGCUGUGCCAAGUUCCAGCCCAACCUCGACACCUUCGACAUCUCCUGGUACAUCAACAAGCCCAAGCCUUACGGUUACUCCUGGGAGUCCCUCACUGGCUCCCACCACCGAGAGUCCCACAACAGGAACCCCCACCGUUAGUCCCGGAAGUCCCUCAUUGGCUCCCACCACGGCAGGUCCCACCAAAACACCCACCACUUCUCCCCCGACUGUCGCCCCUGGUUCUCCCAGUGUCAGUCCCACAACUGUGACCCCCACUCUAGCCACCACAACUGGAAGCCCUAUGGCUACUCCUGGAAGUCCCUCAUUGGCUCCCACCACGGCAAGUCCCACAACAGGAACACCCACAUCACGCCUGGGUUUCCCAGUGCCAGCCCCACAACUGUGA